CGGGAGGAUUAAACCCCCAGAUCCCGGGCCGGGGGGGAAGCCGCCGCACUCACCCGCGCCCCGCUCGCACACACGCUGGAUGCGGGAAGCGGAGCCCCCCGGAUCCUCGCGAAAUGUUGCAAUGGAAGGCGCAGGGUCUGCCUCGCCGGGAGCCGCCGCCGCCGCCGCAGCCCGCGCGGUGUGAAGAGGUGGCUUGUCAGCAGCAGCAGCAGCAGCCGGAGAGAAGCGCCGCCAGCUCAGCCAGCCCCCGGUGCCCCCGCAUCGCCCCAGCGCGGCCGCCGCGCGCCGCGGGGAAGCCCAGGCGAGCCAGCCCGCGGGUCGCCCAAACAACAACAGCCGCCGCAGCAGCAGCCCCGUCCCGGCGGCGGCAACAUGGCCUCGGCUGGUAACAUUUCGGAGCCGGAGAGCAGCGGCGGCGGGGCUGGCGGUGGCUGUAGGGACCCCGAGGGGCCGGAGGGGAGCGGCAGCAGAAGGCGGAGGAGGACCGGGGGGACCAGACGCGCUGCGGCGCCCGAGCUGGACUGUCUGCAGCGGCCGAGCUACUGCGAUGCAGCUUUCGCCUUGGAGCAGAUCUCAAAGGGGAAGGCGACUGGAAGAAAAGCACCGCUGUGGCUAAGAGCGAAGUUUCAAAGACUAUUAUUCAAACUGGGCUGUUACAUUCAAAAAAACUGCGGCAAGUUUUUGGUUGUCGGCCUCCUCAUCUUUGGGGCUUUCGCUGUAGGAUUAAGGGCAGCUAAUCUCGAGACCAACGUGGAGGAGCUCUGGGUGGAAGUUGGUGGACGAGUAAGUCAGGAGUUAAAUUACACACGUCACAAGAUUGGAGAGGAGGCCAUGUUUAAUCCCCAGCUCAUGAUUCAGACACCACAGGAAGAGGGUGCUAAUGUACUAACAACAGAAGCACUCAAACAGCACCUUGAAUCUGCACUUCAAGCCAGCAGGGUACACAUUUAUAUGUACAACAGGCAAUGGAAAUUGGAACAUUUAUGUUAUAAAUCAGGAGAACUUAUCACAGAAGCAGGUUACAUGGACCAGAUUAUAGAAUAUCUUUACCCUUGUUUAAUUAUCACUCCUUUGGACUGCUUUUGGGAGGGGGCAAAAUUACAGUCAGGAACUGCCUAUCUACUAGGAAAGCCUCCUUUGCAGUGGAUAAACUUUGACCCCUUAGAAUUUUUGGAAGAGUUAAAGAAAAUAAACUAUCAAGUAGAGAGCUGGGAGGAAAUGCUGAAUAAAGCAGAGGUUGGUCAUGGUUACAUGGAUCGACCUUGCCUGAAUCCUGCUGAUCCUGAUUGCCCAGUCACAGCCCCCAAUAAAAAUUCAACCAAACCUCUUGAUGUGGCCCUUGUUUUAAGUGGUGGAUGCUAUGGAUUGUCAAAAAAGUACAUGCACUGGCAGGAGGAGCUGAUUAUAGGUGGUACAGUCAAGAACAGUUCUGGAAAGCUUGUCAGUGCCCAGGCUUUGCAGACCAUGUUUCAGUUAAUGACUCCAAAGCAAAUGUAUGAGCACUUCAAGGGCUAUGAGUAUGUUUCACACAUCAACUGGAAUGAGGACAAGGCAGCAGCAAUUCUGGAAGCCUGGCAGAGGAUGUAUGUUGAGGUUGUUCAUCAAAGUGUCGCACAAAAUUCUACUCAGAAGGUGCUUUCCUUUACAACAACUACUCUGGAUGACAUCCUAAAAUCAUUUUCUGACGUCAGUGUUAUCAGAGUUGCCAGUGGCUACUUAUUAAUGCUUGCCUAUGCCUGUUUAACCAUGCUGCGGUGGGACUGUGCCAAGUCCCAGGGUGCCGUGGGGCUGGCAGGAGUCUUGUUGGUUGCACUCUCAGUGGCUGCUGGAUUGGGCCUGUGCUCAUUGAUUGGAAUUUCCUUUAAUGCUGCCACAACUCAGGUUUUGCCUUUUCUUGCCCUUGGAGUUGGUGUAGAUGACGUUUUCCUUCUGGCACAUGCAUUUAGUGAAACAGGGCAGAAUAAGAGAAUUCCAUUUGAGGACAGAACAGGUGAAUGUUUGAAGCGGACAGGAGCAAGCGUGGCCCUUACAUCUAUCAGUAAUGUUACUGCAUUCUUUAUGGCUGCCUUAAUCCCUAUUCCUGCUUUACGGGCAUUUUCACUCCAAGCUGCAGUUGUUGUAGUAUUCAACUUCGCCAUGGUUCUGCUAAUUUUUCCUGCUAUUCUGAGCAUGGACCUGUACCGUCGGGAGGACAGGAGAUUGGAUAUAUUCUGCUGCUUUACAAGUCCAUGUGCUAGUAGAGUGAUUCAGAUUGAGCCUCAAGCAUAUGCAGAUAACAAUGACAAUGCUCGCUACAGCCCACCGCCGCCCUACAGCAGGCAUAGUUUUGCACAAGAAACUCAGAUUACAAUGCAGUCCACAGUGCAGUUACGCACAGAAUAUGACCCUCAUACGCAGGUGUACUAUACUACAGCAGAGCCUCGCUCAGAAAUAUCCGUGCAACCAGUCACAGUGACACAGGAUAACCUCAGCUGCCAGAGCCCAGAAAGCACAAGCUCAACGAGGGAUUUGCUUUCCCAAUUCUCAGAAUCUAACAUGCAUUGUCUGGAGCCACCCUGUACUAAAUGGACACUCUCAUCUUUUGCUGAAAAGCACUAUGCUCCCUUCCUGCUAAAACCAAAAGCCAAGAUUGUGGUUAUUUUCCUCUUUCUGGGUUUACUUGGGCUCAGUCUUUACGGAACUACCAGAGUGAAAGAUGGACUGGACCUCACAGACAUUGUACCACGAGAAACCCGGGAAUAUGACUUUAUUGCUGCACAGUUCAAGUACUUCUCUUUCUACAACAUGUAUAUAGUGACCCAGAAAGCAGACUAUCCCAAUACCCAGCACUUACUUUAUGAACUUCAUAAAAGUUUCAGCAAUGUGACAUAUGUUUUGUUGGAAGAAAACAAGCAGCUUCCAAAAAUGUGGUUGCAUUACUUUCGAGACUGGCUGCAAGGACUUCAGGAUGCAUUUGACAGUGACUGGGAAACUGGGAAAAUCACAUAUAACAAUUAUAAAAAUGGAUCUGACGAUGCUGUUCUGGCUUACAAACUUCUGGUGCAAACAGGAAACCGAGAUAAACCCAUUGAUGUCAGUCAGUUGACUAAACAGCGUCUGGUGGAUGCAGAUGGGAUCAUUAACCCAAAUGCUUUCUACAUCUACCUGACAGCCUGGGUUAGCAAUGACCCCGUGGCCUAUGCUGCCUCACAAGCCAACAUCCGGCCUCACCGUCCAGAAUGGGUCCAUGACAAAGCAGACUAUAUGCCAGAAACAAGGCUGAGAAUUCCAGCAGCUGAGCCCAUUGAAUACGCUCAGUUUCCUUUCUACCUCAAUGGAUUACGUGAAACUUCUGACUUUGUGGAAGCUAUUGAGAAAGUGAGAGCUAUCUGUAAUAACUACACCAGCCUGGGCAUCUCCAGCUACCCAAAUGGAUACCCAUUUCUUUUUUGGGAACAGUACAUUGGGCUUCGCCACUGGCUUCUCUUGUCCAUUAGUGUGGUUUUGGCUUGCACGUUUCUGGUGUGUGCCCUCUUCCUCCUAAACCCCUGGACGGCUGGGAUCAUUGUGGUGGUGCUGGCUCUGAUGACAGUGGAACUGUUUGGCAUGAUGGGUCUCAUUGGAAUAAAGCUGAGUGCAGUGCCUGUAGUUAUCCUGAUUGCCUCAGUUGGUAUAGGUGUGGAAUUCACGGUUCACGUUGCUUUGGCAUUUUUAACUGCUGUAGGAGACAAGAACCGCAGGGCUGUCCUUGCAUUGGAACAUAUGUUUGCACCAGUGUUGGAUGGAGCAGUGUCUACUCUGCUUGGAGUGUUAAUGCUUGCAGGAUCUGAGUUUGAUUUUAUUGUCAGGUAUUUCUUUGCUGUUUUGGCAAUCCUAACAAUUCUGGGAGUUCUAAAUGGAUUGGUGCUGCUUCCAGUUCUACUUUCCCUCUUUGGACCAUAUCCUGAGGUUUCUCCAACCAAUGGACGGAACAGAUUACCUACACCAUCUCCUGAGCCACCCCCUAGCAUUGUGAGGUUUGCACUGCCACCUGGACAAAAUAAUGGAUCAGAUUCUUCUGAUUCUGAGUACAGUUCUCAAACCACCAUGUCAGGACUGAGUGAGGAGCUCCAUCAGUAUGAGCCUACUCAGGGCUCUGGUGCACCAAUGCAUCAAGUAAGAGUGGAAGCAACUGAGAAUCCUGUGUUUGCCAGAUCUACGGUGGUUCAGCCAGAGAACAAGCAUCAUCAGUCAAAUCCAAGAUUACAAACUAACCCAGAAGCUGGGUCCCAGCAGACGUGGCAUCAAAACAGACAAGCCAAAAGAGAAUCAAUGGAAGGACUGCGACCACCCCCAUACAGGCCACGCAGGGACGCUUUUGAAAUUUCUGCUGAAGGGCAUUCUGGACCUAACAAUAAGGACCGCUUGGGCCACAGGGCUCGUUCUCAUAACAUUAGAAACCCAGCAUUUACUGCCAUGGGUGCUUCAGUGCCAGCAUACUGCCAGCCUAUCACUACUGUGACUGCCUCAGCUUCAGUUACUGUUGCUGUACACCCUGCUGUGCACAGCCAUAACUCUCGUGGAGGAGGCUUUCCAUCCUAUGAGGGAUACCAGGAAACCGACCAUGGACCAUUUGAGGACCCCCACGUGCCUUUUAACGUACGGUGUGAGAGGAGACACUCUAAAGUAGAAGUCAUAGAAUUGCAAGACGUUGAAUGUGAAGAAAGGACACAUGGCAACGGCUCAGAUUAAGGGUAAUAACUGAAGCAAAGAAGAGGCCAAAGAUGGAAAACCUCCUCUUUCCAGAACUGCUUGAAGAGAACUGCUUGAAGUUAUGGAAAAGGACAUGCUGCAUCAGGACAACAGUUCACUGUUACUGUAACCUAUUGUAUUAUUUUGUUAAAUAUUUCUAUAAAUAUUUAAAAGGUGUACACAGAUGUAAUAUACAAAAAGAACAAUGUAAAGUAGUAUAAUCUGGAGUUGUUUAACUCCUGUUAAUAGAGUGGGAACAAUAUUGUUUUUGCUCUGUACUUAAUGUACAUUGAUCUCUGUGCCACAACUAAGCUUAAUCUAGUUCUAAAUUUCAGCAUAUGUUGCUGCUGCUUAAAUAUUGUAUAAUUUACUUGUAUAAUUCUAUGCAAAUAUUGCUUAUGUAAUAGGAUUAUGUUUUGUAAAGGUACGUGUCUGUUUAAAAUAUUUUAAAUUUGCUUAUCACAACCCUGUGGUAGUAUGAAAUGUUACUGUUAACUUUCAAACACGCUAUGCGUGAUAAUUUUUUAAUGAGCAGAUAUGAAGAAAAGCACGUUAAUCUUGGUGGCUUAAAUAGGGUUAGUUAUGUGCAGGUUUUGUUUUGCUCUGUGUGUGUGUGUUUGUGUGUGUAUGCGUGUGUGUAUAUGUUCCCAGCGUACUGUAUUUUUUUACUGUAUGGUAACCCUUAGUGGGCUUAUACGCUCACUGAUUCUGGCAGUGUAGAUGUCCUUAUUGUUAAGCACUAAUGAAAAAUACAUUGGUGCUAAACAGUGGAAGAUCCAGACUGCCAUCAUCAAAGGGCUAAAAUAAAACAGAAGAGAGGACAGGGAGUCAGGGCUUGUGGUUUCUAUUCCCAUCUCUUCGCUUGUGGCAUGUGACUUUGGGCAAGUUUCUUUACCUCCCUGUGCCUCCGUUUCUGCAUCAGUAAAAUGGGUAUAAUAAUACUUACCUACCUCCCAGGAGUGUUGUGAGGCUUAAUUACUGUUUGUGAACUGCUUUGAUGUUAUUAGUGAAAGGUGCCAUGUAAGUACAAUACAUUAUAACUAUUUUUCUUAACUGCAAAGGUGCUGGAUAUUAAGAGGUGCUUGUGGAUAUAGAAAUUCAUUAAACAUGCCUUAUUUUGAUACACAUAUUGUAGAUUAUGGACCAGCAUUACAAACUAAAUAAUCUGGUAGUUAGGUGGUGAGUCAUUGCUGUGUUCUUACAGUGUUACUAUAACUGUAUAUUUUAGAGCAAAACAGUAUCCUUCAUCACCUUAUUUGCAUGGCAGGAAGCAAGUCUGUAUGCAGUGAGAAAAAUCAAAUAUAAGGAGAAUGUUUUUAGAAGUCUUCCGUUUUAACUUUUAAAUAUAAUUGAUUUUCUACUGGAUCCAGGACCAUAAUGAAUGACAACUAAGGCCUGGAGUGAUUUUUUUCGCCCCCAAGGUAACUUGUACUGCAUUGGCACUUUUAAUUAAAUAGUUACACCAGGAGCCCUUUGUGAAUCUAAUUUAGCUUUUUUUUUCUUUUUAAGUUACAUUGCUGCAGGUGAAGGGCCUCCAAAACACUACAAUGGUUAGUCUCUAAAAGGAACAGUAAUUUAAAACAGGGGUCGUCAACCUUUCACUAACAGCAGGCUGAAUUAACACAGGUUGGACCUCCUUGGUCCGGAGGUGGCAGCUGAUGGAAAUGGCGGACUGAAGCAGCAGUUGACAGAAGCAGCCACUAAGUGGUGUGUUCUUGCGCAAACAUGCAUGGUGAGCCACAGGUUGCCAACCUCUGAUUUAAAAUACUAGAAAAGAAAUCUUCACUAUUUUUCCCUCUACCUUUUUUUUUUGUGUGUGCCCCUCUCCUACCUGUCUUUUCAGCACAGAGGAGUAGGUUAAAAAGAUAUAUGCUUAAAACACAUAUGCAGCGUAAGAAAAAAAAAACAAGCUCUGUGUUGAGAAAUAUAAGUGGCCACUCCCGGUAGGCAUUGCUUGUUUGAUACAAAGCUAUACUUCUCCAAUGGCUGAAAGUCCUGUCCUUGCCUACAGACUUUCCCAGCCCAGCUAAGGAGCAUGGCUAGCAUGAACUAAUUGUCAUGCCUUUUUUGCUCACUUGAAAAUCCUUUGACACGAGGCACUUGUUUACAGAUCUCCAAGGUGAACAUUCAGAGAACAGGUGAUGAGCCUGGCUUUGCUCCAAUGGUACAUAAGCUACUGUUUAGAUGCACACUAAGGGUUAAUCUCGUAACUGCCUACUGGUCCAGCUCACUGUCUAACAUGAAAACUCUUAAUGACAAAAAGACAACAGGCCCCAAUUUAGCACUAGCAGCGCAGUGACCUCAGAUCAUAAAAACUCUGCAACAAAACUGUAUGAUACUAAUUGGAAGCUACCUUCAACUGCCAAGUGUAUAUGUUACUGUGUCAGAGGUCACUAUGGCUUCCCACUGCUACUGCUUUGGUGUCUAUCAGUCAGUCACUCCCCACCCCCACCUUUUUUUUCUGGUUGAUGACAGGAAAGAGGGAGCAAAGAAGAGUCUUAAUGUGUCCUAUCUCCCCUAAAUCCUUGUUCUGUAUGUUUGUGUGUGGGUGAGCUGUCUGCUGCUUUCUGCACAAUGUAGACCUUCUCCUAUAGUCACAUUGGCAAAGGGAGAACUCAGUGGCUGGCAACAUUUUUGGUUUGUUUUUUUAACUUUUUUUUUUAAUCGUGGGUGAUAUUUAUAUUUUUGUAUCAUAAGAAUGUUUUCUUACAGUAUUUGUCAUGCCAGUUUAUAACAAACAGAAUGCAGGGAUUUUAUUUCUAUUGGAAACACUAUUACAGCUAUGUUUUUACUUUUUAAUGGAAUUUUUAUUUGUAUAGUGUGCUUACUAAUGUUAAAUAGGAAAGAGUAUAUAACAUUUACAUUGAGGACUCGUCGUAGCUUUUAGUGUAAGGAGUUAAAAGGAAAAAAUAUUCAAACUGGGUCUCAUUGCCUGCCUAUUUUGGCAGGAGUGGGUUUGUGUCAUUACAGUUACAAAGAUAAAAGUAUGCCAUAUAAUUUAUUUAUAUGAAAAUCUAUUUUUGUAGUGUACAUAGUAGCCAUCAAGUCUUUUGACAGAAGUAUAUUUUUAAAGAGUUUAUAUGUAAUGAUGAUACCAUUAUGUUUUGGAACAUUGCUGAGAUGUGAUUACCGUGCACACUUUUCCUUGUAAACCCCAUUGUGGAAAAGAAAAUGUUUAACAGUGUUAAGAAAGAAAGAGAGUGUGAAUAUUCAUGCAAUUCUGAACUGUGUUUUAGUUACCAUUUGUGAUCUAGUGUGGUUCUCAUUUUAAACCUUGAGUGGAAAUUGUACAAACUCUCUAAAUAUUAAUGUUCAAACACUGAUAGAAAUUCUAACAUGAAUAAAAAAUAUUAUAACUUA